CGAAAAGUUUCUAUGAGGUGUAAUACAUUUAUGAAAAAUGUUUAUCAAAAAAUGGGACUAGUGAAGAACCCGCAGUACGUUACACAUCAGGCUGGUAAAAAGUAUUUUAGGGGCUGUUAGUUAGGGGUCACAGAGGGUUCUUAGUUAGGGGUUAAGGGUUAAAUCGGUUAGUAGUUAGUGGUUAGCAAAUAACGUAGGGAGACGAUUCUUUACUAGCACCGAGCCACGAAAAAUGAUAGCCAACUUUUUGCCAAGUGUUAUAUUUCUUGUGCAAUUGCUGCAAAUAUGUCAAUAAUUAACAGUAUCAAGCUCAAAGGUUACUCAAUAAAUCAUUGCACUUGUAAACAAGUUGAACUUGCUGUAAAAUAUUACCGAACACUAUGGCAGCUGAUGCAAGCAUACUUCUUCGAAGGAGAGGAAGCGAUAAUGGACACCAGCAGCAAUAUUUCUGCAACCCGCGUGCCAUCAUACACCUCCUAUGUAACUCAACAACUUAUUGCUGAAAAUGAAACAAAUAUUCAAAAUGUAACAAAUUUGGUUGUUUUUACAAACUCUUACACUGAGGCUGGGCCACAAGAGAACAAUCUGCAAGAAACUGAAACAAUUGUAUUAACAAGUAGUGAAAAGUUCUUGUGGGCGUUCACGGUUUCUAUUUACACAGUGGGUGGAAUGAUAGGAUCAUUUUCAACUGGAAUUUGUGUGAAAAAAUUCGGCAGAAAAGGAGCAUUGCUCGCUUCUAACUCACUUUCAAUUGUUGGUGCAAUCCUCAUGGGAACAAGUAAAGCAGCAAACUCACUUGAAAUGAUAAUCAUCGCUCGAUUUUUACUUGGAAUUUUUGCCGGUUUAGCUACUGGUAUUGUGCCUUUAUAUUUGGGUGAAAUCUCUCCCAAGCGUAUAAGAGGAGGCUUGGGUGUGGUUAACCAAUUAUCUAUAACAAUAGGAAUUCUGUGCGCUCAGCUUCUAAGUUUAAAAGAAGCUUUGGGCACUGCUGAGUUAUGGCCUGUACUGCUUGCUUUCACUGGUGUCCCAUCAGUCAUUCAGUUGUGUGUAUUACCAUUCUUACCAGAAAGCCCAAGGUGUUUGCUGAUUGAUAAAGACAGAGAAGACUUGGCGAGAAAAGCUCUGAUAUUUUUCCGUCCCACCCCUGAUGUUGGGGACGAAAUUCGUGAAAUGCGUGAAGAAGCGCGCGCCGAAUCAGCAACUGAACAACAAACCGUGAUUAUGGUGAUUAAAGACAAAACUGUUCGAUGGCAACUACUGUCGGUUGUUUUUAUUCAAUUUACUCAACAGCUGUGUGGAAUAAAUGCUAUAUUUUUCUAUCUCAACACCAUCUUUGAAGCUGCUGGUGUAGCAGGGGAUGCUCAAAACUAUGCUUCUGUUGGAGUUGGUACAGUCAAUGUUUUCAUGACCGUUAUAUCGGUGUUACUAAUGGAUCGACUCGGACGGAAAUUGUUACUUGCGGGUGGCUACGCGGUUGCUGGGUUAUUCUGCAUCAUUAUGACAAUAGCAUUAAAUUUACAAGAUCAAAUUAGUUGGAUAUCAAAUCUAAGCAUUGCGUGCGUGAUUGGGUUUAUUAUUGGGUUCGCAGUUGGCCCAGGACCUGUACCUUGGAUACUCACUGCAGAGUUGUUUAGGCAAUCAAGUAGACCCGCUGCAUCGGCAAUUGGAUGUGGUGUGAAUUGGACAUUCAAUUUUGCGCUUGCUCUCGUUUUCCCCUUCAUGCAGGACGGCAUGGGGCCUUAUGUGUUCAUAUUCUUCUUAUUCAUUUGCGUAAUUGCAACUGCGUAUGUAAUAAUCAUCAUACCUGAAACGAAAGGGAAAACAUUCCAAGAAAUUAAUGGGUUGUUCGCGAAAAGAAAUAAUGUGAAAUUAUCAGACGUUGAGAUGGAAGAAUCAACCAGGCAUAUCGUUCGAGAACAGUAAGGGGUAAGAUGGUCCUUAACAGUUGGCACGUAAUAUCCCAUAUUUCCUGGUGCUGUUUUUAACAAAUGACAGCUUUCUUUUAGGGCUGUGAGGUUAUGGUUGUAUAAUUCUUAGAAUCAAAUAGGAAGAGAACAUUCAAUGAAGGUGUACCAUCUUACCCCUUAUAACUGUGUAGUAAAAAUAACACUGCUAACUGUUUGGUAAUUCCCAAACUGCAACAUGCUAAAUAAUAACAAUACGUCAUUUUUUUAAAAGCA